AUGUUCAGAAUAGGAAUAAACUCCAAGUGCCCGAAAAAUUCGUACGGUGAUAACGAAGUGCACAGUGCGGUUCGCAUCGGCGACGUCCAAUUGGCCUAUGACAUGGUGCGUCGCGGCUAUCCAGUCAACGAACGAAAUGACGAGGACCGCACGCCCUUGAAUAUGGCCGUGCUGAACGGCCAACAUGACAUGGCCAAGAUGCUGCUCUAUGUCGGAGCAAAUCCCAACGAUGAAAUCAUAGACGAGGAUUCAUUGCUGCACUACGCGACCAGAAAGGGCGACGUUGCGAUGAUGGAGCUGCUGUUAAAUGGUGGUGCGUACGUGGAUGCAAAAGGAAUCUCGGGUAAGACACCACUUUUCAAGACCGUCGAGAAGAGCCCGUGCGACGCCGAGUGGUUGCUCGAGCCCGAGCACGGCACCCAGUGUCUGCUCACGGCCAUCGAGUGCCGCCGCCUGGAGAUCUGCCAAGUAUUGAUCAGACAUGAAGCCAACGUGAACGCCAAGGACCGCCAUCAGAGGACUCUUCUCUACGUGGCCGUGAAGAGAAACUCCCACGAGUUGGUAGAGUUACUGCUGGAGCAUGGUGCCGACAUUAACGCCCGGGACGAGUCCCGGGAGACGGUGCUCCACCUUGCUGUGCGCUUCGGCUACGUUAGGCUGCUGGACUUGCUGUUACAGUACGGGGUCGACAUCGACGCCCUCAACUUGAACAAGCAAAGCGCGCUUCAUCUGGCCGUGGCCCACGAGCCCGCGAAAAUCGGAUACUACGGAUUUCCGCACACAUUCUUCGCUCGGCUACUGAUGGUCGGUGCUCGCAUACACACGAGGGCCGCCAACACCGACGAGACUCUGCUGCACACGGCCGUCAGGGUGAAAUGCUUGAUCUUUGUUAAGUACUUGCUUACCUGCGGAGCCGACGUUAACGCGACCGAACGCUUCGGGCGAAAGACGCCACUGCAAUUCGCCGUGGAAGCCGAAAACGCUGACUGCGUUUACUACCUUUUGGUCUACGGCGCCAACCUCAGCGUUGUCGAUUUGACCCAGGACAUAAAUAAAGAAGUUAAACGAGCGAUAUCCAGAUAUUUUACGCGGCGGGUCGCUGCCAACAUGUAUGUCGAGAAGAAGUACUUGGGAUUGGUGAACGUCGAGGACGAGUUUUUUAAAGAGUGCGUCGAGGAAGUGGAGCGAAUGAUGACAACGGAGUUGUGCGAUGAGCAAACUUACUACGAAUUUCUCCACGAGUAUCGACGUCGGCUCGCCAAUGCUGUAGGCAACGCCGACCUUGCUAAGAUAUUCCUACAUCAUGCACACGUAGUGAAUCCAACUGAAAAGAGCUUGCUGCAACGGAUCUUCCCUCUGUAUGUGGAUAUGCUCUUUCAGAAUUAUUGCGUCGGUAUUCGGCAUGCGCCAGUCCUUGCUGCCUUCGACGGGCUCACGUACCUUCUGCAAUUUCCAGCCGUGGUUGUCGACAUGAUUAUUAAAAUGCUCAGCAGAUAUGACGUCAAAAGUUUAAUUUAUGCGUUGACUAAAUCACUGGACAGCAACAUAUGCAAUGUUAUAAAAAGCGAAAGCGAGUUUCAUCUUAAUUAA